UUUUUCAUAUUGCCUCCAAAUCAUAGAGCGGGAGGGAGGGGAGGGAGGGAGAAUGUCGUCUGAGCUUGGCGACGCUGGAAACCCUAGAAAAUGGCGAUUCACCUGGGAAGCCCAAUCCCAAAUUCCUACCUUCAAAUUACUCCUCUUCAACCCCGACACCAACACCAAACCCUCGACUCAAUGCCACGACUUGAAAGUGAACUUACUUCUCCAGCAAUCUCUACUCACACUUACUUGGUUCGAAGCCGGAGCCGAGGUUUCUCUUAGGGUUCCGAUUCCUAGGGUUUUGGUCGACCCCGAAUCUCCACUCCAGUGCAGAGCACUGGAUGAUCAUAUCGAAGUUAAGCUUGUUCUGCUCCUUCCCGUUGACCAUCCUAUCCUUACGAGCUUGGAUUCCGUGCUCAAUUUAUCUGACGAUGAGUCUCGUCGUCGAGAGAGUCCGUCUCCGGAUUAUUCGCGACCACUAUCGAUGGAGUCGGAUGUUGAGAGUUUAUCGUCUGCGGGAGAGGUGCAGUUCUACUGCAGGAGUUGCUCAACGCAGCUCACCCGGUCCCUCAGAUUGUUUUCAGAAAUGCCGUCAACCAACUGGCGUGAGGUGGCAGACAAUUGGUUUGGGGCUUGUUGUUGUUCAUUUGGAGGUGUAAGUGAAAAGUUAGUGAUAAAUUAUGCAACUUCCUACGGCUCUCCACCAGGCGUGUGCCUAUUAAGUACCACUUUUGUCCUUCUUUGCAAGGAUGACUUGGUGGACUGUAAAUUUCUUCUCUCUCAUAGAAAUGAACAACAUGAGUCUGAAACAGUUGUCACUGCUUAUAAGUGUUUAAAAGGUAUGCUAGAUAACGGAAGUAAUCAGGAAAGGGUGGCAGGUUGUGACAACUAUCAUAAGGACAGUAUGCUUCGUUUUGAUGAAAAUUUAAGCUGCAGUGACCGUGACGAAGGUAUGCUGGCUGUAAAUUUAGGAAUCCAAGUUUCUGAGAAAGAAUCUAAUGUUGAAACUUUAUCCUGCAUGUUUCAAGCAUUAGAAUUCUCCAAGGAUUUUGUUUCUGCACCUGGAUUUUCUGUCGAUAUGACAGGCCAUAAGCUAACUAAUGAGAUAGGAGACUGCUGCUCAUCCCAAGUGUCAGGAAGUCUUCCAAAGGAACACAAGACUGCAACAUAUGUUGAGCUCCUAGAAAAUCAGAAAUCUUUCGUUAAUGGUUUCCUUGGAGAUGUUUUCAUGGCUAGAUCCUCCAAUCUCUCAAAAGAUGUUCAGUGGUUUGAAGUUUUGUGUCCUCAGUGUUCAUCUCUUCUUGGCGCAUACCCUUCUGGUAAUGAUCAUGUACCAUUGGAUGGUGGAGUUCGGUUCUUCAAGUGUUACAUUUCGACUUGUCUGCCAGUUGGUGGAUCAAAUGAUUUAUUUAGGAAAUAUUCCUUGGAACGGAUGUUCACAAAUCAGCUGCUGGAAAAUGCACAAGAUGAAUUAUCAUUUCGAACUGUGGUGCGGGAUUUGCAAACGAGGUCUGCUAUGCUGCAGAUUAUUGUCUUAAAUCCUAGUUCAUGGUGCUGUAGUGGAUACUGUUUGGGCACAGAAAAGACUACAGAACCAGUUGCACAGGUAGCUUUGUUCCCUUCUGUCAAGGUGCUAUUUUCUGACUGUUGCAGCAGUAAUAAAUCAGAAUUCAGAAUGAUAGAAGAAUGGGUGACAAAAAACGAAGUUGAUGAAGUUUUCAUGUUGGCACAUCAAAUAAAGGAGUUGAUCAAAUGCUUGGAGUUGGCAAAGGACAGAUAUCCGCUUUCAUAUGCAUCUAUACAGGGUCUGAUGUUGUCAUCCAUGGCACGAUAAUAUCUUAUUGGUUUGGAGCUUAGGUCUUUUGCCUCAGAAUUAUUUAAUGGAAGGAAAAUGAGGUUUUUUCAUUCCUUGUGUGAUGCCUUCAAAAACCCAGAUAUUUUGGGUUGAAUCAUCAAAGCAUUAGAUGGUGGCCUUCUGGCAUCGGUUUCAUUUUUCUCUCUUAGCCAUUCAUUGGCUGCUUUCCUUGUUCUGGGGUGUAUAUACAGGGAACAUGUUGGUGGCUAUCCCCUAAUGAGUGGUUCUCUUGUUCAACUCUCUGUUCUUCAUCCCAAGUUUUGCUCAAGUCGGGAAUCCCUUUUUUUUGGACAUAUGGUGUUAGUACUUGUGCUAUCCUUAUUCAAGUUGCUUACAGAAAUGUGUUUUUUCCUUCUUCAGAACGAAUGCAGCUGAAGCUGAUUUUGAUCAUGACACUGUUCUUCUCUAUAUAACCUCUUUCUUUAGGCAA